ACGUAGAGGAUGCGAGAGGCUGGAGUUGCCGUCCGAUUGCUUUGGAAAAGUCGUGCUUUAAAGACAAUCCACUUAACCCCAAGACGUAAUGUAAUCGACUGAAAGGUGUCAGAUAUUUUUGGACAAGAAUCCGUUCAAUCUCGCUUCUGCUUCGCGCGAGUCGUUUGGGUGCACGUUGAAACUUCGAGGCCUGCUAAGGUUAGCCUAGCCUAGUUUAGCAGCUAACAAAGAGAAACAACGCGCAUGGAAUAAACACGUCGUCGAGCAAGCCAACGUCAAGUCCCAAAAUGUCAAAUGUCAGUCACGCGCAUCGUCCUGAACGCCUGGAGUCUGCUCGCAUGGAGGUAGCUGAAGAGUCGCCAUACAUCAAGAAGGUGGAGGAAGAAUUUGUCCACAUUAAAGAGGAGCAGGAGGAGUACUUCAUUAGACUGCAGAACCCCCACAUUGAGGAGCUGCAGCAACCUCAUACCCUCAAAAAGGAGGAGGAGGACCCUCCAUAUGUUAAAGUUGAGGUGGUGGACAUCCCCAAGUGGACUAGUGAGCCCUUAAAGAUGAGUGAAGAUGGAGGUCCGAGUGAAGCCAGCAGAGGGACGGAGCCUCCGAAUGGCAGCAACAGCAGUUCAAACGAAGGGUCCCAAGCAGACAACCUCAUCGCUCGACCAUCAGAGAGUAACGACUUCACAUCACACUCGCUGUUCUAUCUAUAUGUCAGCCAAGCCCAUCGUCUUGAGCACCAGGAGCCAACAUGCGUCAAGGGGGAGGAGGAAGAGUCGCCAUACAUCAAGGAGGAGGAAGAGUCUGUUCACAUUAAAGGUUUCAGAAAAUAUCUUGGUGUUGAGCCAAAAUCUCCUGGCGUAAAAGAGGAUGUUGAGCUCCCUCAAAUCAAAGCGGAGGAAGAGCCAGGGCCCUGUGAACAGAAGCAACUUCCAAUCAAAAAGGAGGAGCAGGAGCUGCCAUAUGGUGAAGAGGAGGAGGCGCAUAUCACCAGGUGGACUGGCGAUCCCUUGAAGAGUGAAGAUGGUCUGAGUGAGGCCGGCAGAGGGGCGGAACUUCCAAGCGGCAGCAGCUCAACAGAAGGAUUGCAAGCAGACACUUUCAUCGCUACAUCAGACACAAAUGCCACCAUGUCACACUCACCUUACAAUGAUGAUCAUAAGACAUCUCACAGUGACGACACACUCUGCAAAUGCUCUCAGUGUGGCAAAACCUUUGCUAAUAAGUAUACUUGUCGGAUGCAUAUGAGGAGCCACACUGGUGAAAAGCCUUUUUCCUGCUCGGUUUGUGGAAAAGGUUUUGUUUCGGUGGGAUACCUAAAACAACACACAAGAACCCACACUGGCGAAAAACCUUUUUUCUGCUCUGUUUGUGAUCAAAGAUUUGCUUGGAAGCAACAUUUAAAAGAACACACAAGAACCCACACUGGCGAAAAACCUUUUGCAUGCUCAAUUUGUGGUGAAAGAUUCAGUCUAAAGCAACGCUUAAAAACACAUGCAAGAACCCACACUGGUGAAAAGCCUUUUUCCUGCUCAGUUUGUGGAAAAGCUUUUGUUCAGGCGGGAGACUUAACAAAACACACAAGAACCCACACUGGCGAAAAACCUUUUUCCUGCUCAGUUUGUGGAAAAUGUUUUGUUCAGUCGGGAGACUUAAAAACACACACAAAAACCCACACUGGUGAAAAACCUUUUUCCUGCUCAGUUUGUGAUCGAAGAUUCGCUCGGAAGCAACACUUACAACGACACAUAAGAACACACACUGGCGAAAAACCCUUUUCCUGCUCAGUUUGUGAUAGAAGAUUCGCUCAGAAGCAACAGUUAAAAAUACACACAAGAACCCACACUGGCGAAAAACCUUAUUCCUGCUCAGUUUGUGGUCAAGGAUUCACUCAAACAGAAGCCUUAAAAAGACACAAAAGAACUCACACUGGUGAAAAACCUUUUUCCUGCUCAGUUUGUGGUCAAGGAUUCUCUCAAACAGAAGCCUUAAAAAGACACAAAAGGACCCACGCAGGUGAAAAACCUUUUUCCUGCUCAGUUUGUGGAAAAGCUUUUGUUCAGGCGGGAGACUUAACAAAACACACAAGAACCCACACUGGCGAAAAACCUUUUUCCUGCUCAGUUUGUGGAAAAUGUUUUGUUUUGUCGGGAGACUUAAAAACACACACAAAAACCCACACUGGUGAAAAACCUUUUUCCUGCUCAGUUUGUGAUCGAAGAUUCGCUCGGAAGCAACACUUACAACGACACAUAAGAACACACACUGGCGAAAAACCCUUUUCCUGCUCAGUUUGUGAUAGAAGAUUCGCUCGGAAGCAACAGUUAAAAAUACACACAAGAACCCACACUGGCGAAAAACCUUUUUCCUGCUCAGUUUGUGGUCAAGGAUUCACCCUGAAUAGUCAGAUUAAGAGACACGUGUGUUUGAGAAGCAGUGGCCAAUGACUUUUGCCUGUCAUCCAUGCUGGCUUCAUCAGAUUUCCCAUGCACUACAAUUGUAUUUUAUGGAGCUUCCUCAAAUCCUAUUGAGGGUUGUCACUUUUGGUCCCUUACAUGUGCUUUGUCCAAUCCAUGAAUGAUGUGCAUCCACACUAUUGGCAAAAGUAUUGGCUCACCCGAUUUAACUCUCAAGUGCCAUUACACAUAUGGCGGAAAACACAGACAAGACUGAAAAAGCAAUUUCUGCUCUUGCACUCCUCUUUAAAAGAAACUGCUGUAUUUUAAGCAAAAACAGCCAUUGUGUUUGCUAGAACAAUAUGUCUAUAUGCUGCCACAGCAGAUUCAUGGGCGCAUUAAGCCCCCGAACUAUUUUUAAUUUGUCCGUUUUACCCUGAAAACCCCCAUUUACAGACGUCGCACAACCGCUUGUUUCAACCCAGCCAUAAAACGCAGCUAAUUGAUAAUAUUUAUUAUUCAAAAUUUCUGUCGUUUUUAGCUUAGAAUCAUUACUUGAUGUCUCAUAUUUAAUAAAAAAAAAAAAAAAAAAAAAAAAAGGACUUAAAAAAGUUAUUCACUCUCAUAUUUUAAACUUUUAAACAAAUUAUGUCACAAUGAAAAAAAUGGCGUCUGUAAAGUCACGGAUAUCUACCUCAUAACUAUUGCUUAAUUGUAUUUUUUGUUCGUUUGUUACUGUCGCGUUUUCUCCGAUAUGUUAGAUAAUAAUCGAUCCAAACAAAGAAAAAUUGAAAAUAAAAGUUUAGAAGGGUAAAUAUAUGAAAAAGAAAAUCUCGGCCACUCCUUAAUGUCUGCGAUUUCUGCAUCGCGACCCUUGUUAUAUUACCAUGUUUCACACAUAAAAUCCCCCAAAAAUCCAGCUUUGGCCAUUCACAGCUAUGUCUUGACACUCAGUGAUGCAUGCUACGUGGAGUUUUUGGAUCAAAACAAGAUAAUAUCUAUUAUAUAGUAUAAUAGUAUAAUAUCUUGUUAAAGUCAUGGUGUCUGUAAUUCUGCUCUCACGUGUCCUCACCUCCAGAUAGGGUUUUGCUGUUUAAAAAACUUUUUUUUUUUUUUUUUUUUUUUUAAAUGCCCUCCUGUUCAAAAUUUUUCUUCCCCCAGAAAAUUGAGAUUUUAAGCUUUAUUUGAUACAUUACCAACUAGUAAACAUUUCGGCUCUUAGUUCUUUUUUAAGAACCCAUCCUGUUCUCCACUCAUUACCGGAAGUAACUGCACCUGUUUGAACUUGUUACCUGUAUAAAAGACACCUGUUCACAUGCUCAAACAAACAAACUCCAACCUCUCCACAAUGGCCAAGACCAAAGAGCUGUGUAACGACAUCAGGGAUAAAAUAAUAGACCCACACAAGGCUGGGAUGGGCUACAGGAAAAUAAGCAAGCAGCUUGGUGAGAAGGUAACAACUGUUGGAGCGAUUAUUAGAAAAUGGAAGAAGUUCAAGUUGACGGUCAAUCUGCCUCGUUCUGGGGCUCCAUGCAAGAUCUCACCUCGUGGGGCAUCACUGAUCAUGAGGAAGGUGAGGGAUCAGCCCAGAACUACACGGCAGGACCUGGUCAAUGACCUGAAGAGAGCUGGAACCACAGUCUCGAAGAAAACCAUCGGAAACACAUUACGCCGUCAUGGAUUAAAAUCCUACAGCGCAUGCAAGGUCCCGCUGCUUAAGCCAGUGCAUGUCCAGACACGUCUGAAGUUUGCCACUGACCAUCUGGAUGAUCCAGAGGAGCAAUGGGAGAAGGUCAUGUGGUGGAUGUGACCAAAAUUGAACUUUUUGGUCUAAACUCUGCUCGUCGUGUUUGGAGGAAAAAGAAGGAUGAGUACAACCCCAAGAACACCAUCCCAACAUGGAAGAGGAAACCUCAUUUUUUGGGGCUGCUUCUCUGCCAAGGGUACAUGACGACUGCACCGUAUUGAGGGGAGGAUGGAUGGGGCUAUGUAUCGCCAGAUCUUGGCUGACAACCUCCUUCUUUCAGUGAGAGCCCUGAAGAUGGGUCGUGGCUGGGUCUUCCAGCAUGACAACGACCCAAAGCACACAGCCAAGGCAACUAAAGAGUGGCUCCGUAAGAAGCAUCUUAAGGUCCUGGAGUGGCCUAGCCAGUCACCAGAUCUGAACCCGAUAGAAAAUCUAUGGAGGGAGCUGAAAGUCCGUGUUGCCCAGCAGCAGCCCCGAAACCUGAAGGCUCUGGAGAAGAUCUGCAUGGAGGAGUGGGCCAAAAUCCCUGCUGCAGUGUGUGCAAACCUUGUCAAGGACUACAGGAAACGGUUGGUAUCUGUAAUAGCAAACAAAGGUUUCUGUACCAAAUAUUAAGUUCGAUUUUUUUGAUGUAUCAAAUACUUUCGUGCAAUUAAAUGCAUAUUUAUUAUUUAAAAAUCAUACGAGAUUUCCUUUUUUUUUUUUUUUUGUAUUAGAUUCCAUCCCUCACAGUUGAAGAGAAUUUAUGAUACAAAUUACAGACCUCUACAUGCUUUGCAAGUGGGAAAACCAGCAAAAUCGGCAGUGUAUCAAGUACUUGUUCUCCCCACUGUAUAAUUCAUUGAAUGGGAUAUUUACACAAUUACCUCGUCAGGUAGAAAAAGGAUAAUAGAAACUUAUUGCUGCUCAGUAUUUCACAAUAUCAAAAGUAACUAUUCAAGCAGAAAUUUUCGAAACUUUUUUAAGCAGACAUUUUCCUGAUGACAACGUCAUGAUUUAAUAUCAUGACUUUUAUUCCGUGAAAGGGAAAAUAAGCCUCAGCAACUUAUAGCGAGCGUAUAGCCUCAUUUAUUUUUAUUAUUUUUAUUAUUUGCGUAGCAAAUGCCAGUUAACGCCAUUAGCGUAAGUGGCCUUCUUCGAAUCCUCAUCGUCGUUGCUGUCGGCAACAGCCCUCUCUUUCGUCACAUAUUCUGACGGAUCGCAGAUUUCGGUACAACACCGGGGUGACAUUUUUUUGCGUUUUUUUUUUUUUUUUUUAACCAUUAACAGCAAUGUGAUGUCAUGGGAAAGGGGGGGAUCAAUUAUAUAUAUAUCCACACACGCGUGUACACACACACACACACACACACACACACAGAAAAGUUAACCAGCAGUUAACUAUGUAAAAUGCGAUUAAAAAUUCGAAUGCCUUGACAACACUACUUUUAACAUGAAAAAUGAAUUCUCUUUCUUUCAAAUUUCUUUUUAUUGGUUUUACAAAAAUACAGAACACCCCCCACCCAAAAAAAAAAAUGUUUCACUCUAAGUUAUCCAACACAACCAACCAUGAAGUCUAAGUCUAAUCUUAAAUGUCCAGAGAGUCAUAGAAAGUUCUUCCGUGCCAUCACUUCCAAUACAUAAUUGUUACAGAAUAAAAAUCCAGUGCAAUACAUUCAAAUGUUCCACCUAAUAGGAGCAGCAUGGACAGCGACCAUACCGUUGCCCAUCCCCCAUGGCUAAAUGAGCAAUAUAACAGUGCAUAUGUCAUUCCUGCACUUGUGUAGCGGUGUUGUCAAAGAAUGAAAGAAAAGGUCCCCAUGUACUAUAAAAUUUCUUUUCAGAACCGCGAAGAAUAUAUCAGAUUUUCUCGAGCCUAAGGUUCAUCAGCACAUCCCUUAAUGCCCAAGUACACUGCAUGCGUGAUCGUUGCGGUUCCGGUCCGGUUCAGUGUUGCCUGCGUGCCACGCAGUCCGUCAAAAACAGGCAAAUCAUACCGGCUGCUGCACGGCUGCGGUCCGCCAACUCCGUACCCCCGUGAGCUCUCGCGUGAACGCACGAUCGCGCGCGAUAAUGUGCCGUUCAAAACAACGCGGCGAACACACGGGGUCUGUACACUUGUCAGAGAAGCGGGGAAAAAGGUGGACUUGAUUCAACGGAACAUAUUCAUCCCGAAACAUUUUGUUGCUGUAACCAUGGAUAACGUAUCCUAUCAAGAAAUAUAUUUCCCUAAUACACAUACUGAUUCUACAGGGUGUGCCGGAAUCCAUUUCCCUGCAACAUAAUGAUAGCCUACCGUUUACAUACUCAUUAUUUAGUGUUGUCCGAGCUGAAUAAUACACACAUGAGCAUAUACAGUACUGUGCAAAAGUUUUAGGCAGGACAUCUGCCAAAAACGUUUGCACAGUACUGUAUAUAUUAUUUUUUUAAUUAUUAAAUUCAUUAGGAUCAUGGAAGCUUCCGCUUGGGGAAAAUAUAUACAUACAGUAUAUCCUGUAUAUACAUAAUAUAAUAAAAAUAUACUGUAUAUAUUAUUUUUUUAAUUAUUAAAUUUAUUAGGAUCAUGUAAGCUUCCACUUGGGGAAAAUAUAUACAUACAGUAUAUCCUGUAUAUACAUAAUAUAAUAAAAAUAUACUGUAUAUAGUUUAAAUUAUUAAAUUUAUUAGGAUCAUGGAGGCCUCCACUUGGGGAAAAUAUAUACAUACAGUAUAUCCUGUAUAUACAUAAUAUAAUAAAAAUAUACCGUAUAUAUAUAUUGUUUAAAUUAUUAAAUUUAUUAGGAUCAUGGAAGCUUCCACUUGGGGAAAAUAUAUACAUACAGUAUAUCCUGUAUAUACAUAUAUAUAUAUAUAUAUGAUAUAAUAAAAAUAUACAUAUAUAUCAAUGUAUAGAGUCAGAAUGUAAAAGUUCCUAUAGUUAACAGUACAGGCAAUGUUGGACAUGUUUGAACAUCUCACAUAGUAAUAAUAUACCUAUUGUCAUUAUUACUGUCUCAGCGCCUUUUUGUAAGAGGAAAGUAGUAGCCUUCCUACUACUACUGGACAGACUGCGGAGGAGGGGUGGAGGUAGAAGGAGGCUGCAUUGGGUCCAUCCACUGAACCAGCGCAGGCGUCAGCAAGGUGAUUAUUAUCAUCUUGUGGCUGAACUGCGGCUGGACAGCCAACGCCAUCACCAGUACUUCAGGAUGAGUGCGGAGAAAAUGGAUGAGCUUCUGUCGCUUAUCGACAGUGAACUCACCAGGCAAUCCACCAACUACAGAUUAGCCAUAGAACCAAAGCAGAGACUGGCUGUUGCACUGAGGUGGGCUUUCAUUUUAAUGCAUUUCAAAUCACUUAAGACAAACUGAACAGGCAUUGACCUCAUAGUAUCAUUUAAAUAAGUGUCAGAACUACAAAACAAAGGCAAUAUCUAAAAUAAAUUAAAAUAAAACGUCAACACAAAUAGUCACCCACAGCACACAGACAAACUCAACGAAAAAUAAUGAGGCAGCUCAUUUUCAUGGUCCAGAGGUGUUGCUACCUUCCCACUCCUGAGCGCUUGGAAGCAUUUGUGUGAAAUGCACAUGUGGUUGGUGUCCUGGAGGAUGUGUGGGGUGCUGAAACAAUAUUCUUCUGUUAGCUAGUAAUGGUGGGAUGGGCAGUGGUGGUGCAGGUUGUGCAUAAUUAGAUGUACUCAUUCAAUGUGAUGGGUGUUGCUGGGGCUGUGCACCAUCCUCAUCUGAAUGUUCCAAUUCGUCCAGGUACUUUAGAAUAUGUAUCUUUGCCCUGAGCCUCUUCCUCCGGCCUAGUCGGUUCAGCUGGGGGACGAGACUCAUGGCAAAGUGGUAGGAUUCGUCCAGUGAUGUAUCUGGCCUGGUCUCUUGUAAAACAGACAAGAGUCUUUGCUCCAUGGAGUCUGUACCCCUGUGUCUCUUUGUAGGGGCGCUGGUAGAGGUGUCCCGCACCCUGGGGCUGCGAGACCUCUCUGCCCUGUCCCUUGUCUCUGAGGUAGUGGCAUCCGGCUGCUGUCUCUCUGUGGUGACAGAUGAGCUGCCACUGGGCUGCCCAUCUGAUCCACUAAGUGUUAAAGUUGUGGAUGACCACUCUUCCUCCAGGGAGGUGGCACUCAGGCUGGCUUUUGAACUAAGGAAAAUAUUAAAUGAAACUUAUUUGUCAUAGGAAGUAUUACAUUAGGGAUAAAUAAUCAAUAUCAUUCAAUAUAAUUGCAAUGUGCCAUGAAUAAUGACAAAUUUGAUAGUUUGCAAUACUCCAAAUUGCGGAUGAUUAGAAUUCACAAAGACCUUCUGGGUUGUACAUGGGGCAGAAGAAAAGACAUAAGCCCUUCAUAUUUCCACUCCCUCUGGGUUCCACCUGCUGAACCACUAGCAGCUACUUUCCUUCUGCAUUUUACGAACGCAUCCCUCAGGCACCUCCAUCUGGUUUUGCACAUAUUUGCUGAAACAAAGAGGAGAUGUAGGUUAAUAAAACAAUCUCGCAUGUAACCUCUCUUUACUUUGUCAAUUCCGUCACAGAUACUUGGCA